AUGACGGGCGCUCCAGACAGUGGAGGCGAUUCUACUAGUGCUGUAACACUGUCUGUGCCAUAUCUCUGGACGAGUGCACCUGAACUCUACUUCCUUCACAUUGAGUCAAGUUUCUGCUCUGCGAACAGUACCAAAGAAGUUACGAAAUUCCACAGGCUGACUCAGGCUUUGCUAUUACAGGCUCUUUCUCAGGUGCAAUCAUUGAUCCAGAGUACCCCAGUUGACCAACCAUACACGCAGCUUAAGGCAGAACCCCAUCGACUUCUUGCUGUGUCUGAUCGCCAGCGGUAUCACCAGUUAAUUCGCGAGAAGUGUUUGGGUGACCGAAAACACACUGAACUUCUUAGAAGAAUGCAGGGACUUCGUGGUAAGCUCCACAUCGACGAUAAGCUUUUUAGGGAAAUGUUCCUGGAGCGCCUACCAGCUGAUGUUCAAACCAUUCUAGCAUCCGGCUCAGAAGAUCUCUCGGUCACACGGCUAGCCGAGAUGGCAGGCAGGAUGUUGGAGGUGCAGCGGUUCCAACCGCCCUCUGUCGCCCAGCUCUCCAUUUCCUUGUUACCGACGCCAAGUUAGCAGAUUGCGACGCAGAUGGCGGCCAUGGCAGAAGAUAUGGCGUCCCUAAAACUCUAGCUUGCACACCUUACCUUUAGUCGCUCAUCUAACCGUCGUCGUUCCCGUUUACGACCUCGUACAGUUGAUACUUGCUUUUAUCAUACGAGUUCCGGUAAAAAGAACCGUCGCUUUUCCUCGCCCUGCUCUUUUAAGAUGAAACAAUGAAACCAGGCAGCCAGAGAAUAGACGCGACCGUUUUCUUUGGCUCUUCCGGUUCUGGUCGCACCUUCUAUGUCUGCGAUAGUGUGACUCUUAGACGUUUCCUUGUGGACACCGGAGCCCAAAUCAGCGUUAUCCUCCCAACUCCCGUCGACCGUCGCUUCUCCAGCUCUAGUCUUCAUCUCCAAGCUACCAACUGCUCCCCCAUUCUCACUUUCGACAGCCUGUCCCCCACCUCAAACACCAGCCUUCAUCGGUCGUUCUUCUGGAUAUUUGUGAUUGCUGCUGUCCUUCAUUCAAUCCUCGGCUCGAAUUUUCUUGCCGAAUUCGAUCUCCUUGUUGACUGCCGACGAUCCCGACUCCUCGACCGUACAACUGGUCUCUCUGUGCAUGUUUUAACUCCCUUCACUACCUCCUGCAAUUUAUCUGCCUUGGAUACAGCCAUUACUAGCUCCUUCCGGAAAAAUGCUCCUUAAACACCCCUAACACAAUCAACCCCCAGUUUUGCAGUGGUGGGUUUCAACGUGACAUUUUGCACCAUAUACGCACCUCAGGUUCUCUGGUGUUCACUCGGCAUAGACGACUAACGCCUGCUCGCCUGCAGGCCGCGAAGGCAGAUUUUGGGCCCAUGCUGCAACUGGGCAUUAUCCGGCCAUCCGAAAGCCCCGGGGCGUCCCCCGGACACAUGUUGACCAAGACGACAUCGGGCCACUGGAGACGCUGCGGUGAUAACCGUACCCUCAGUAAUGCCACCAUUUUUGUUCUACAUCUUCAGGACUUCGUUAGAGCCCUCUUUGACAAAACGGUCUUCCCGAAGAUUGACCUGGUGGGUGCCCUUCAUCAGAUUCUGGUUGCCCAUGAGGAUAUCCCCAAAACUGCAGUCACUACACUUUUUGGCCUCUUUGAAUUCAUCCACAUGCCCUUGGGUCUUCGUGACGCAGCCCAAAUGUCUCAGAGGUUCAUUGCUCAUGUCUUACGUGACAUACCGCUUGUGUGCGCCUACAUCGAUAACCUCUUGGUAGCCAGCCAGAAUGUCGAAGAACACAAAGAGCACCUUGCCUUUGUUUUGGACCGCACUGACAAGUGUGAUGCCAUCAUCAACCCCUCAAGGUGUUUUUGGCGUGCCUUCGCUCGAAUUCCUCGGCCAUCAUGUUGACUCAGAAGGUUUGCCUCCCAGGUCCUCCAAGGUUGGAGCAGUUCGUGAUUUCCCUCCACCAACCUCUUAGCGUCAGUUGCAGUGAUUCCUCGGCAUGGUUGACUUUUACCGCCGGUUCCUACGCUCAUGUGUUCGUCCGUUGUGACCGUGUGUGCCAGCUGCUGGAAUCACCAUACGAAGGACAGUUCCGUGUGCUCGCACCCAGCACCAAGGUCUGCCGGAUCCUUCGCUGGGACAAAGAGGACGUGGUCAGUGCCAAUCGGGUCAAGGCUGUUGUCGCAGAGGAGCCAACGCACCUGCCUCAAGGGCAAGGUGGUGCUGACCCCCUAACCCCUGUUCCUCCACCUCCGCUAUCUCCUGUUUCCCCACCUUCCCUACUCCCUUCUCCUUCCCCUCCUUUGCGCUCUAUCCCACCGUCUCUCAUAUUUCCUCUCCCUACCUGCCUACCUCAUCCAACUGCAACCUUAUCUUCCUCCAUCGUAGCACGCACUCAACCCUCUUCAGCUGUAGCUUCUGCUUAUAUCACUCAUAGUGGCCGUCACAUUCAAUUCCUUGAUCGUUUAGUUACGCAUUUCUUCUAG